CCUCCACCUUGGCUCUGGCCCCAGCGCGAAUCUAGGCCUUUGUGUACAAACCACACCCACCCGCUCCCCGUGCAAAGAAGCACUUGCUGCUGCCGCCAGUCACGGCCGCACUUUACCUCAUAGCGGCGGCGGCUCGCCUGUUCCCUGCCCAAGGCGAGAGAGGCUGCCUGCGGCCACAUGUCGUAGCAGAGGGCGGCUCUUCGGCCCCCCACUUAUUCGUUGCCGGCCGGCCAGGGCGCGCUCGCUUUGCCCCCCCCCCCGCCCGCGAUGUACGACUACGACCAGAGCACCGCCUUCCUGGGCGAGUGGGGCCCCUUCCAGCAACUCAUCUUCUUCCUGCUCAGCGCCAGCAUUAUCCCCAAUGGCUUCAACGGGCUCUCGGCCGUCUUCCUCAUCGAUACCCCCGAGCACCGGUGCCGGGUGCCGGCCAGCGCCAACCUGAGCCUCGAGUGGCUCAACGCCAGCAUCCCGCUGGAGAAGCGCGGCGGGCGGCUGGUCCCGCAGCGCUGCCGCCGCUACAGCCUGGAGGCCCUGGCCAACUUCUCCGCCCGCAACCUGGUGCCUGGGCGAGACGUCAACCUCAGCCAGGUGGAGCAGGAGAAGUGCCUGGACGGCUGGGAGUACAGCCGAGAGCCCUACCUCUCCACCAUCGUCAGCGAGUGGGAUCUUGUGUGUGAAAAUGACUGGAAAGCGCCUCUAACUACCUCUUCGUUCUUUGUGGGCGUACUGAUUGGAUCCUUUGUAUCUGGACAGCUCUCAGAUAGGUUUGGAAGGAAAAAUGUGCUGUUUGUCACAAUGGGAGUCCAGACUGGCUUUAGCUUCCUCCAGAUCUUCUCAACAAGCUGGGAGAUGUUUUCCAUCCUGUUUCUCAUAGGUGGAAUAGGGCAGAUCUCUAAUUAUGUGGCAGCGUUUGUACUAGGCACAGAAAUUCUCGGCAAAUCAAUCCGUAUUAUCUACUGCACGUUUGGUGUUUGCAUAUUUUAUGCAUUUGGCUACAUGCUGCUGCCACUGUGCGCUUACUUCAUCAGAGACUGGCGGAUGCUGCUAGUGGCUCUCACUAUACCUGGCCUGCUGUACGUUCCACUGUGGUGGUUCAUUCCAGAAUCGCCUCGAUGGCUGCUGUCUCAAGGCAGAAUUAAAGAAGCAGAAGACAUCAUUCGGAAAGCUGCACGAAAGAACCAUGUUGCUGCUCCAGAUGUAAUAUUUGACCUCAUUGAGGUACAAGAUGUGACUUCCCAGGACCAGCGGUCAUACAGCAUUCUGGACCUAUUAAGGACCCAGAAUAUCCGAUCUAUCACUAUCAUGUGUGUGAUUUUAUGGACGGUCAUUGCCAUUGGCUACUUUGGCCUCUCUCUGGACACCCCUAACCUGCACGGAGACAUCUAUGUCAAUUGCUUCCUUUCGGCAGUAAUCGAAAUCCCAGCUUAUUCCAUCUCUUGGCUGCUCCUCCAUUAUCUUCCCCGGCGGUAUUCAAUGGCAGGAGUCUUGUUCUUAGGAGGAUGUGUCCUUCUCUUCAUUCAGUUCGUACCUCCACACCUCACUAUGCUCUCCGUUACGCUGGUGAUGAUUGGAAAGUUUGGGAUCACAGCCUCGUUCUCAAUGGUUUAUGUCUACACUGCUGAGCUCUACCCAACGGUUGUGAGGAACAUGGGAGUUGGUGCCAGUUCAAUGGCCUCCAGAUUUGGCAGCAUCCUCUCGCCUUACUUUGUAUAUCUUGGUGCGUAUGAUAGAUUUCUUCCCUACAUUCUAAUGGGAAGCUUGACAGUGCUAGCAGGAAUUGUCACCCUGUUUCUUCCAGAAAGUCACGGUAUGCCUCUCCCAGAAACCAUUGAGCAGAUGCUAAGAGUUAAAGGAAUUAAAUACAAAAACGCAUCUAAAAGCAAAAGGACAUUAACGGCGGAAGAAGAAAAUUCAGUGAUUAUAAAAGGCACAACUUUCUGAUCAAGCUACAUACCCUAUUAUGAACUAAAAAGUACCUAGACAUAUCCUUCAAUUUACUUCCAGAAAGGACUAAUGGAAACACUUUUUCUAUAAUCAACUUAUUUAUUAAAAGCACAUUCAUUUUUGUGAAUGUAGAUACUGUAUAUCCCACUGUGGGAUCUCUGCCAGUAAUUGUACGGGUUACAAGGAACAAUAUCCGAAAAGGUAGGGGCAGGGAAAGCCUGUUUGCCAUUAGGACUGUUGGCAAAUGUCCUUUUUGUAAGAUUAAAGCAUGCUUGAAGUUCUAGAUGGAUGGACUGACUUUACUAUUUGGUUCAUUCGGUGCACAAUGGCAAAAAAUGAAACAUGUUAUUGAAUUUAAAUAUUGUUAAGUGUCAUCACCCAGCUUGGGGUGCUGCUUCUGUUCAGAAAACCUGAAGCUUGAAAUGAUGUGGAUACUAAAUACUACACAAAUGAUUUUAUGCACUGCUUAUGCUGAUUUUUAAAAAUCAACAUCUGUUUUAGAAAUGGAGAGGUGGUUUUCAUGUGCAAAACAUUGACAGUCUAGUUUUGUUCGCAAGCCUACUUAUUUCAGAUGUAGUUUUAAAUAAUAACCACUAGAUGCAGUUGUUUGCAUCUGAGAAUGAUGCCUUAUUUAGGCUUAUAUUUAUUUUUUAAGGAUUACAUUGCAUCUGUAAUGCAUCUCUUUCAAUAUUCCAUUAGUCAAUUUUUCUAUAAAUUGCCUCUAAUUCUGAAAGGCAUUGGAAACUAAUACAUAUCUGUAUUUCCAAAUAAUUUGGUUUUUUCCCAUCUCUGCCUGAAAUGCCUUCAGUUACAUACUAGGUAUGUAAUAAAGUUACUUUAUAAUGCAGUACCAGUCAGGUGCCUUCAGCUUACUUAAAGACAUAACGGUUGCCUUUUGCGAACAAAGUGCAUUAUUUUAAAUGAGUAUCAUGAAUGAUAACAGCAAGUCUCGUGUGUGAGCAAUUGUGUCAAAUCUACCAAGAAACACUACCCAUUACUGGGGAAGGAGUUACCUUGAUUACAUUUGUUACUUUACAUUAUGACACAAUUUAAAAACUAUGAUACAAAUAUGGUGCAUUUUAAAUAGUUUGAUAUAAAGUCACAUGAUAUUGUAUUAUUGUUUGAAUAAUUUGUUAGCUGCCUCAGAAGUUUUUAAUGACAGAAAGGUGAUACAUAUAUAUAUCUUAAUAUAAAUAAAAUGUGAUUUUUGUAACCAGAGUUGCUAGACAGCGCUUACUUCUGUUAACACAGCUGUUUGCAGACAUUCCAUAAAUUGUGAUAAUAUGUGAAAGUUAUCCUAUGAAUGUAAAAUUCUUCCCCGUUCUUCCCAAAUGCUGCUCACGCCAGUUUUGACUGAUGCCUACUGUAAGGCUGUCCAUGUGAUGGUAACAUAUACAGGGCCAAUUUUGGUACCUUUUGAGUAUAAGUAUUCUAAAUAAAUGAUAAGGAAGACUGUGAAUUUCCCAGCACUCAAGUUUCUGAGUUUCUUAAAACUGGCAUUCUUAUUCCAGAGAGAGCAGCUACCUACCAUUCUUAUUUUAUUGUGGAGAUAGGAACCUGCAGAACGGUACCCAGAAGGUCACUGCAAGAUGUGUCAGAAGUCCUUCACUUGUGGAGGAUGGGGCAAUGGCAAGUGAUGUAGGAUGUUGUUUGUGGAGUUCCUCAGCCUGCAGAAACAAUCUGGCCUCCACCUGAUACCUUUUGAGGCCCACCUUCAACAAAAACCCAGGAUUCCAGACUAGUCAAGCUGGCCAGCAUCCUCUGGAGUACUUAACAUUUCAAACUUCUUAGAGUCUUAAAACAGAGGUGUGGCCUGCCAGCUCUUAUAAGGACAAAUAACAGUGCCCACAACUCAGAAUGCCUCAAAAGAAGCACAAAUGGAGACUCCUGAAUAUAGUACUGAUGACAUGACUCUCAAAAAUUAAUGGAGCGGAUGGCUGAGAUAUUGGACAAAACACUGGUAGAAUUGAGGACCUACACUGAGGCGGAAUUGAGGAGCUACAUAUUUGGCAAGUGUAUCAUUCAUGCCACAAAAUGACUUCUUGUAAACUCCUGAGCUGUAGCAGGCAAGUUAAGAUUUCUGGGGAAAGUGAACUUGGUGCAGGUAGAGACUUCAGAUAGUGGGCAUUGGAUUCCAUUCCUAGACACAAACUGUGUUCUUUGCUGUACAGUGUGGCAGGCAAGCCACAGCUAAGCAACGAUGCAAGAGGGAGGCUAGGAACUGUCCUCCGUGACAUUGGUAGAGGAAGGGAAGUGGGGAUGCCCUCCCAGCAAAGCUCUUCCAUUGCCAUCACAUGAGCCCAAGGCAGUUCUAUUCUGUCCAUGGUAUUUCUUCCUGUCCUUGUAAGAUGUUAUCUCUCCCCCCCCCAAUUGUUGCUGUUAUCUGUCAUUCCUUGGGCAGAGCUGAUAUCGCAUUGUUCCAGAAAUUUCUCCAUCGCUCUAUCCCGUGCUUCAUUGUUUUGCACCAAGAACUUUUAACAACAACUGCAAAAGUCACUCUGUCCCAGUAAAUAAACAGUUUUCACAAUUUUUCCUCUCAGCCUGGGAAGAAGAGUGGUCCAUCAAACUGCACAUGACUCAAUAAAGAACCUUAUCAGUUCCUUGGCAGCUCACAGACUCCUUUCAUCCUUCCUUCCAGCUGAAGAUAUACAGCCAGUUAUCCUUCCAAUUAAAUUAAAUUCCAAGUCCUCUUAGCGUUAUUCAGUUCACUUCAUAGAUAAUAAAGGAUGGGGAAGAGUCAGCUCUAAGUUUCCAUCGUAAACCUUUUGCAAAAUUGAGCUUCCCUCCAUUUUUUCCUUUAUUUUUUACUCUCACACUUCCAUUUGAUGUUAUAUUCCAUAUUUGUAAUCUCUUUUCUUCCAUCCUGACUUGUACAAAUACCGGUAUAAUUUGAACUAAUGUUCCGAGGAGGGUUGCCGAAUCAUGAAUGUAGAGAAGAAAACAUUAAAUAAAGAAACCAUAGGAUCCCAUCCUCCGCCCACACACACGUCUUUUGCACCAAAUAAGUCCUUGCAGUUUAUUCUGCAGUUUGUGAUCUCAUCUCUUCUAGCACAUGCCUGUACUUUAGUCCAAUUAAGCUCUAAUUAUCAGGAGAGGCUUUGCUUCUAAAUGGCGGGGUUGGAGGGUUUUCAGCAGGUGAAGUGCUUUGUCAUUCAGCGCCUCCCUGCCCCCCACAUUCCAUGCUGGAGCAAGAACCUAGACGAACUGCGAGUGAAGCCCAUUCCUCCCUCCUUCCCUGGGGGUAUUUGCAUGGAUAAUUAUCCUCAAUCAUCCUUGUUUUUCCUUCGCCUACAAUCUCCCGCUGUUGUGGGGGCUUCCUCCAUUAAGACAGAGAGGAACCGGAAAUGUAUCCCUCACCAACUUCCAGCCCUUUUUACCAGAAGAUGUUGCACAAGUCUCAUCUUCAUACCAGGUUUUUUUUAAUAAAAAAAACUUGUUGAAUGUCUACUUCAGUUUCUAAUGAAUUUCUGCAACUAUUAAAGGCACAGGACACCUUCAAAGAAAAAGAUUGGCAAGCCUAUGCAUCCAGCGCUGAGCUACAGGGAAGUGCACUCAUUCUGUCAACACCAGAUCCCAUAAAGCCUAUUGUGUAUUUAAUAUCAGCCAGGAGGGAGAAGAGCCACUGUAUCAAAUCAGGCCAUUGAUCCAUGUAGCUUAACAUUACUAUGAUGGCAGUGGUUUUCCAGGAUUUCAGACAGGAGCCUUUAGGCCUACUGAACCUUACAUGGCCAGAAAGGAACUCUUUAUAAGCCUGAGACCCAAAUGGCGAAAUCAAAUUAUUACAUGCAGUCGGUGGCUUUUGUAUCAAACUUUGAUAUCCAUCUGAUUUCUGGUCAUUGCAUUUUUAUGCCUAUGUUUUGCAUCUCAGUCUCUACACAUUUCUUAAAUAUAUCUUUUGUUCUAACCCUUUAUGGGGCAGUUCUGUGAACACUGUAUUUUCUUCCUAAUUCUUUUUUUAUUCAUUUGCUUUCCCCCUGUUUGCGGUUUCAAGGUAGGUUCUGGGUGGAGGAGAACACAAGGACAGGAGAAAAGUGUUGAAAUGGGGCUAAGGUUAGCAUUUUCUUGCCAACAAAGGUCAGAUAGAUGUCUCUUGAGAAGCCCACAAGCACAGCUUGGCCUGCCCACAUAAUUUUCUCCCACGCAUUGGGUGUUCAGAGAUACUGCCUCUGGAUUUGGAGGCUCCACUCAACAGCAAUGUCUAAUGCCACUGACAAUGGCUAAUGCCACUGUCCUGGAAAGCCUUCUCCUCAACAUCAGUUCUGUAGAGCUGGGAUUAGUUGCUCUGUUAUGAGGAAACGACA